AAGCAACUCACUGGGAAAAGGAAAAGAGCCGCAUAAACAGCAAAACAAGCAACUCACUGGGAAAAGGAAAAGAGCCGCAUAAACAGCAAAACAAGCAACUCACUGGGAAAAGGAAAAGAGCCGCAUAAACAGCCACAUGGAAGGCACGGAGGGAGCACAGUGAGCGGUGCGGGGUCUGUGCAGGGGAUAAUGUGUGCCUGUGACUUUAAGGGAAGAGCUCUGUCUCUCUCUCUCAUACAUUGCUCAGCCCCCGGGUGCUCGGUGCAGCUAUCAAUCAGCGGGCGGUGCGCUUUGAUGUGCUCCCUCUCAGCCUUCCCCUUGUCCUCAGACGAUUACAGGCUUCUGCUGCCUGCACAGCUCCCUCUACUCACUUCCACAGCCCUGUCCUCCUGCAAACUUUUUACCCUGUUGCCCCCCCUUUUCCUCCAAAUGCAGCGGGAGUGACCCCCCCUUUGGCACGCAGGCUCCCCCUUUGCACUGCCAGCUCCCCACAGCCUGCUGCCACCUUAAGAAGUGCCCAGGAGCAAACCCACCCCCAAAAUGCCCCAGCUGAACAGCGGUGGAGAGGAUGACCUGGGGGCUAACGAUGAGAUGAUCUCCUUCAAAGAUGAAGGGGAUCAGGAGGAGAAGAUCCGGGAGAAUGCCUUCACAGAGAGGGACCUGGCAGACCUCAAGUCCUCCCUGGUCAAUGAGUCUGAAACUAGCCCCAUUGCAAGUGCCCCGGGGCAUCAUCACCCAGAGGCAAUCAGGCGUGCACAAGAUGCUCAGAGAGUUUUCCAAGAGAAGCUGGCAGAUCACAUGGAAGAGGGUAUUAAACAACACGAAGAACAAAUGUAUAAAGGUUCCGGAUAUUCCAGUUACCCAUUCCUUAUGCUUUCUGACCCUUACCUUCCCAAUGGAUCCAUGUCUUCACUGUCCUCUAAGGUUCCUGUGGUGCAGCCAUCGCAUGGGGUCCACCCGCUUACACCUCUCAUUCCAUACAACAACGAGCCAUUCAGUCACAGUUCCCACUCGCCACAUCUUCCUGCAGACCUCAACCAGAAACAAGGUACACACAGAUCCUCCCAAACGCCAGAUAUUCCUGCAUUUUACCCAAUAUCUCCAGGAGGUGUUGGACAAAUAUCACCUUCAAUGGGUUGGCAAAGUCAGCCUGUCUAUCCUCUCUCCUCGUGUGGAUUUAGACAGUCCUAUUCAUCCGCACUCUCUACAGGGGCCUCGUACUCCAGGUUUACUCACCCUCUGAUGCUUAGCUCUGGGGUCCACACAACAGUAAUCCCUCAUGCAGCAAUGGUGCCUCACUCAGGGAAUAAAGAUAUGGACUGCUACGAACGGAACAUGAAACCUCACUCAGAACCAAAAAGAGAGAAGGAGCCCAAGAAGCCGACCAUUAAGAAGCCCCUCAAUGCCUUCAUGUUAUAUAUGAAAGAAAUGCGCGCAAAAGUUAUAGCUGAAUGCACGUUGAAAGAGAGCGCAGCUAUCAAUCAGAUUCUAGGAAGGAGGUGGCACGCAUUAUCAAGAGAAGAGCAAGCAAAGUACUAUGAACUGGCCAGGAAAGAGAGGCAACUUCACAUGCAGCUGUACCCGGGCUGGUCUGCACGCGAUAACUAUGGGAAGAAGAAACGAAGGACAAGAGAAAAACAUCAGGACUCCAGUUCAGAUCCUGGCUCCCCUAAGAAAUGCAGAGCUCGCUUUGGCCUCAACCAACAAACGGACUGGUGCGGCCCAUGCAGGAGGAAAAAAAAGUGCAUUCGGUACUUACAAGGAGAAGGACGCUGCGGCAGCCCAGCUUCUUCCGAUGGAAGUGCUAUAGACUCUCCUCCCUCCCCAGUGACUGCGCUUCAAUGCAUAUCCAAUCCAGUUUAUCCUUCCAGCAAGCUUGCCUGCCCCGCUGAUACUGCACAAAGUGAGCAAAACUAUUCUCUGCCCCAUUCUCACAAAGCCACCCACAUACCCAUGAGACAUAAAGGUGCGGUCUCGCCUCACCUACCUGAUGCCUCUGAAGAGUCCACGGCUGGAGACAGUCCCAACAUCAGGACCACGUAGCAUUUUGAUGACCCCUUGAGACGGUUUUAAUGCUGCAUUUUUUUCAGUGAAAGACUGUCUACUGGCAGAGCACCGCGUAGCGAUAUUUUAUCUACCGUUAGCCAAAUCAAGAAGAAGGAAAAAAAAAGAUGAUCUUGGAGGGGACUUCGUCUUUUUCCUCAUAUCAGACCUUUUUAUUCUCCUAACGACCUAAGUUUUCAAAAAUACUUUUUAUAGCGUUUUAAAGAGGACAAUCUAUUAGUGUUAUCUUGUAUUUCAGUUUUAAUUUCCAAAGUAUACUUUUUGCAGUAUUGUUUACACAAGACUGGUCAAGCAAGAUUUAUUAUAUAUAUAUAUAUAUAUA